UAAUAGCAUUAAUAACGAUGAUACAAUCACAACUUCUCAACAAGAUAUGCAAAUGCAAAACCUGCAUCACAAUAUGUCAAACACAAAAACUAUUAUACCAAUGAUGAUGAAAGUUUUCCCUGAUUCACCUUUUCAUGAAGAAGGACAACAACAACAACAGU